AUGGGUAUUUUUGGCAAAAGUCACCAUGAAUCACCCACGAAACAUGGACAUGCGCCCGAAGUGAAACUGACCAAAGAGGAUCACUUCAAAUUUCGGGCUAGUUCGGUGCACGAUCCGGUUUUGGAAGCAGUGCAGGAAGCACAGCCCUUCGAACAGGCUGCUGAUACAUCGCAAGAUGAUCCGAACCGCCAGUCUUAUUACUCUGGAGAACAUGGAGAUAGUCAUCCACGAGACGUGUUUGGACAAGCGAUUCAGCAGCCAGACAUUUCGAAUCCAACGCGUGCCAGGGAUGAAAGGCCCUUGGAUACCAUUAGAGGGUUUGAAUACUCGAUUUCUGGUGAUCCUUCAUGGGGCCAACGGCUCGAAACGGCUCAGUAUGGGUUCCAAGUGAGACCUGGGUUUCCGCAAUUUGGAAACGCCGACCCAUUGGCCUUGAACUCGUCCCAUCAGCCCUAUCUGAUGGGCGAGCAGGCUGUGUAUACGGCGCCGGCGCCAGUCCCAAUGGGUGAAGGAGAAAAGAAGAAGAAAAAACGUGGAUUGUUUGGGCGUAAGAAGAACUGA